AUGUCGCAAGAGGUGCCGCAGCAGGCAUACGUGGCGUUUGACCACGCACGCAUCUCCUCGAGCAACUUGAACUCGUCUGUCGUGGUGGAGUAUUAUGCCGGUCCUACCGCCGCGGAGCAUUUUGCCAGCGCUCCGUUGCUCCAAGGUCACUCGAGUGCCUUCAGCGAUGACGAAGACACUGUGGAGUUGAGCGACGACAGCAGCGAUGAGCUGCACGCUCACGAGGAGAGCAAGAACAACAACGACAACGACAAGGAGUUUGGCAGCGCACGCAGUCCUUCCAAAUUUGCUGCCAUCCUCCAAGUCCUCCAAGUCCUCCAGGUCCUCCAAGUUCGUACCAAACAGCUCGGCGGCGCGGCUUGCCAGCAAUAG